GAGUGACGUCCGAAUCUGCCGUGUGCCGACCGCGUCCCGUCCUCGCCACCACUCCACCACACCAGCGUGGCGGCUGGCGGCGGCAUCGCAUCCGUACGGUUCUUCAACCACUCGUUCUCUCGCCCAUCCCUUCCCCCACGCCGUUCUUUCCUCUCCGUCCCUCUCCCUCUCCACCCUCCCCGGCGGCAUCUAAUCGCUGCCGCAACCUACUCUAGACCCUGAAACUUCUUCCCGCACCAACGCUAACGGCGCAGCAGAGAAACCCGAAGAAGAGGUAGAGGAUCCCUCGAUCUUCCAGCUGUCGACUGGUUGCUGCCUGGGAAACGAAGUGCUACUGCUAGCUGCCAAGACGGCUCCACCGCGUGUGGCUCCGGCUCUUCCCGGCGUCCCGGGUCACUCUGGCCUUCCUCGUCGCGCCCCCGCUUGGUCGCACGCUGAAUAAUGGGGUGUGGGGGGCACAGGUGCACGCCAUCUCCGCGCCGUCGCUGCUGCUGCGGAGAGCCUCUCCCAUAGACAACGGCUAAGCACAUGACAUGAUCACCGCCGCGCUCUGUUUUGGAAGGUGAUCGGGAUUCAGUGGCCAUGGCCAAGAUGAGCUGCUUCUCCAUCCUGCUCACCGGCCGGAGGCAGAAACGAGUGCAGGUUGGUGAUGCCGACAACGACAAGGGUGGUGGAACUGGAAACGAGAACCCCACGGUGAAGCCGGUGGUGUCUAUUGACGAGCCGCCGCCGCUUGCUGCUGCCAUUGUGGACAAAUGCAGCGACAAGAUCGCCGCCGAUGUGGUCAUCCUGGUGGCGCACAAGGGCGGCGAGAUGUCGCCAGCCAAGAGGGACAGCCUGCCUGACGACUUCGAAUUCGACUUCCACCCGCACCCCAACAAGCCCGUUGGUUCCGACGUCCAUGGCGCGGACAAGCAUGCCACUGGCACCGCGCCGGGCGCGCCGGUGAUCGCGAGCGGCGGGGAGGAGGUCGCGGCGGCGGAGGUGGAGGUGGACCCGUCAGCGAAGCUCAAGCGCUCCUGCUCCAACAUCGAGACGAAGCGGCCUGGCCCGAGGGACGCCCCGGGCAUGCGGGUGCGGUCGCGCUCCUACGGCGACCUGCCGGGCGACCUCUUCAUGGUCACCACAACGCGCCGCGCGCACGAGGCGAGCCCCGAUGCGUCGGUGAAGACGUCGCGCACGGCCGACGGCGUGAUGCUCAAGCGCCGGUCGUCAAGCCAGGUGCUGCCAUCACGGAGCCGGAAGCUGUGGUGGCGGCUCUUCCUCUGGAGCCACCGCAACCUGCACCGGCCCUGGUCGGCGCGGCCAAGCGACGCCGGCACUCCCGGCGGCGGGUACACGUCGGACACGCUCGAGGAGCCGGCCGACCGCAAAAACAAGAAGGCGAUGGUGGACGAGUCGCCGCCGCAGCCGCCGUCGCAGAACCAGUGGGUCGCCUUCUGCGCCGACCACUCCCUGAGCGACCGCGUCAGCGACUGGGUGAGCAGCAUUGACAACGAGUGCCUCCGCAUCGCCGAGGAGGAGAACGACGGCGGUGACCAGAGCAUGGACCUCGCCGACUACGUGGCACGCCCGCGUCCCAUCGAAGCCGGGGAGACGUCGGGCAAGGGCCACGGCAAGCUGGCCAAGCGCUGCGCGGCGGCGGACGACGUGGCCCAGGCCAACAGCAUCGUCCAGUCCCUCAACGGCUUCUCAUCCGUGGCGCACAUCUCCGGGAUGGGCCUGAAGGUCGUGCCCAUGAUCGCGCCCUUCUCCAACCUCCGCGCCGUCAAUCUCUCCGGCAACUUCAUCGUUCAUAUCUCCCCCGGAUCGCUGCCCAAGGGCCUGCACUCGCUGGAUCUGUCGCGGAACAAGAUCGCAAACGUCGAGGGGCUCCGGGAACUCACGAAGCUGCGCGUGCUCAACCUCAGCUACAACCGGAUUUCGCGCAUCGGCCACGGGCUGUCGAACUGCACGGCGAUCAGGGAGCUGUACCUGGCGGGGAACAAGAUCGGCGACGUGGAGGGCCUGCACCGGCUGCUGAGGCUGGCGGUGCUGGACCUGGGCUUCAACAGGCUCACCACGGCCAAGGCGCUGGGCCAGCUGGUGGCCAACUACCACUCCCUCCUGGCGCUCAACCUGGUGGGCAACCCCGUGCAGGCCAACGUCGGCGAUGACGCGCUGCGCAAGGCCGUCACCGACCUCCUCCCGCAGCUCGCCUACCUCAACAAGCAGCCCCUCAAGCCGCGGGAGGCGGCCACCGACAGCGUCGCGCGCGCGGCGCUCGGCACGGCUGGGCGCAGGCGGGGGGCGUCGCGGCGCCUGAGCCAGAGCCCCGGGUCGUCGUCGUCGUCCAGGAGCAGGUCCAAAGGCAGGCAGCACCACGGCUCGAGUGCCACGGCAAGGAAGUGAACAAUGAUCGAUUCUUCUUUUUACUCCUGGAAGAAGGAAGGCCGCGGCCCCAACAACAUUGAACACUGCCACAUUGAUAUCCAUCAGUCUUCGCCGGCCGCCGUCCUGCUGAUCACUCUGGGAGUUGUGUGGGCUCGUAGAUGGUUGGAGACCAUUUGGGAGCAUCCAAGGUGUAUAUUAGCCCCAAGAAAUUUGCGAGGGUUUGGAGUUUGCCAUAAGAACUACCGGUACCGAAGGGAGCACCGGCAUGGGUUGGUCGACGCUCUCGGACAAGAAGGGUGAGACGUCAGUUGUCGUUGAGGGCAUUCGGUUGCCUCUACCUCUUCAACGAAGAUUAGCAUUCCCUUGAGAACGUGAACUUUGGGAUACAUUUAUGUCUCCAUCACUUUGGUUAUCUCGCUGCUUUGUAUUAUACUCCCUCUGUCCGGAAAUACUUGUCGGAGAAAUGAAAUAAAAUACAUCCAUUUGUUAACAUAGGACGGAGGGAGUACUAGAUGACCGGUUUGCGCCAAAUGGCACAGAAUCCCAUUUGAAACCAUGAGUGCUUUGAAAAUAAUUGCAUUUGUUAGUAACUUCA